UGUUUUGGAUAAAAGACAGCGCCAUCGAAAAUCAGACGUAACGCAACGUUUCGGCGUCACCUCCAAAGCCUUUAUCCGUUUCUACACUAUUCCAGUUCCAAAACCCUAACCCACUUUUCACUCUCAUCUCCGGCGAAAUCUUCCGAUGGGUCUUCUCUCAUGGUGGAAAGGUGGUUCUGCGCCAUCGGAAUCCAAUUCGAAGUCGCAGCCUCCUCCGAAGAAUGUCUCUCAGCCGGCCGAAGUCCCUGGCCUUAACGGUGCCGUCGAAGUCCCCCGACCGGCCGCCACUGUGACCGUCUUCGAGUUCGGCUCCGUUUCCGCUUCCUCCGAUAGUGUCACCCUAACCGGUUACUGCCCCGUCUCCGACGACCUCGAGCCCUGCCGCUGGGAGAUUCUGCCUGCAAGCGGCUCCGACGCGCCUCUUUUUCGCGUCGUCUUCUGAGGUGCUUGAGAUGUUUAUGGAAGCCACAAGAAUAUGCCUCAAUGAUUAGUUGGUUUUGUUGGCCAGAAGCUUCUUGGAAUCAUUCAAGAGAGUUGCAGCAAUUUGCGGCGUUUCACAUAAUGUAUGAAUAAUUUGAAUACUUCUGCAUAUUAAAUAUUUAAAAAAAAAAAAGUAUGCAAUUUAUUUAGAAUUGAUGAAAUUUCAAUCUUAGCUUGCUAAUUUCAUAAUGUCUGCUUUUCUAAUGAUUUCUUUUGUUCCUUUACUCAUUCUGUGAGAAGAAUCUUCCAUUUUUCUUUCA